AUGAUUUUGUUAAAUUUUUCAUACAUUAUAAGUUUAUAUUACAUUUUUCAUUUAGUUUACGGACUACAACAAAUAGAAUACUACUUUUCUCGAUCUUUUCAAAAUAUUAAACAACUCAAAAGUGAUCGCAAACUAUAUUCUAAAAAUAUUUUUCAUAAAAAUUAUUUAACAGACUGUAAAAGUUACGAUAACUGGUUAAAUGUUCGAAACAAUAAUAUAUCGCUUCAAGGUUUGAAAUCAACAAAUAAUAAAACUUCGAGGAAAAGAGCGAUAGAUUCCGUAUUUCAUGGAUACCCUAAAACUAAAGAAGAAAUUUGGCACGGAAAUUUUCUUGAUAAAGGCAAAAUAUUUGAUCCAACUUUUUCACUUAUUAAGCUUAUUCAUAAUAUUACACUUACAUAUUUGAACGACUGCACUCCCAUCAUACUUUACGACAGGCAAAAAGACAGCUACGUAGUUCAAAAUCUGUUGAAAGAUUUUCCAGCCUCAUAUAUUCAUGGAUAUAUUGACGAUAAUGAUCAAUUAAGAGAACCAAAACUUCUUCAAUUUAACAGAGAUUGCAUUCACUUCGUGGUAUUUUUAUCUGAUGUGCAGAAAAUUGCUAAAGUUUUAGGUAAAAAAACUGAAAAUAAAGUUAUAGUUGUGACAGGAUCAUCGCAGUGGGCUGUGCAAGAGUUUCUUGCAGGCCCUACGUCUAGGAUGUUUGUUAAUUUACUUGUAAUUGGAAAAAGUUUUAAAGAAGAAGAUAGCAAUGUGGAAGCGCCUUACAUAUUAUAUACACACAAACUAUAUAUAGAUGGAUUAGGUGCAAGCAAAUCUGUCGUCUUAAAUUCUUGGUCUCAAGGCAAAUUUUCUAGAGAGCUGAAUUUAUUUCCUCCCAAGAUGAGUGAAGGUUAUGCCGGUCAUCGAUUUAUUGUAUCAGCGGCAAAUCAGCCACCGUAUACAUUUAGAAGGGUAAUGACAGAUAGCGAUGGUGGUAAUCCGAAAGUUGUUUGGGAUGGAAUCGAGAUUAGACUACUUAAUUUGCUAGCUGAGAGAAAUAAUUUCUCUUUGGCAAUAGUAGAACCUCGUGAGUUACAUUUAGGUUCAGGGGAUGCAGUUGCUAAAGAAGUAAUUAAGGGUAGAGCAGAUAUUGCAGCGGCGGGAAUGUACAUUACUAGUGAAAGUAUUCGUGAAAUAGAUAUGACUUUUCCACACUCUCAAGACUGUGCCAUUUUUAUAACUCUUAUGUCUACAGCUUUGCCAAGAUAUCGAGCAAUUUUAGGGCCAUUUCACUGGCAUGUUUGGGUGGCUCUCACUUUUACUUAUUUAAUCGGCAUUUUUCCUUUAGCUUUUUCUGAUAAACAUACCCUACAGCAUUUGUUACAUGAUUCCGGUGAAAUAGAAAACAUGUUUUGGUAUGUCUUUGGUACUUUUACAAAUUGUUUUACAUUUGUGGGAAAAAAUUCAUGGAGCAAGACUACAAAGAUAACAACGAGAAUAUUGAUUGGUUGGUACUGGCUGUUUACAAUUAUAAUAACAAGUUGCUAUACUGGUUCUAUCAUAGCAUUUGUUACAUUACCCAUAUUCCCUGAAACUGUUGACACCGUUAGUCAACUACUAUCGGGAUUUUACAGGGUAGGAACCCUAGAUCGUGGUGGUUGGGAAAGAUGGUUUUUAAAUUCUUCAGAUCCAAAAACAAAUAAACUUUUAAAAAAAUUGGAAUUUGUACCAAACGUGGAAACAGGUAUAAGAAAUAUAACAAAGGCAUUUUUCUGGCCUUAUGCGUUUUUGGGGUCUCGGGCCGAACUCGAAUAUAUUAUUCAGGCAAACUUUACAGAGACUAAGUCUAAACGUGCCGUACUACACAUAUCAAACGAAUGUUUUGUACCAUUUGGCGUAGCCUUAGGCUUUCCUCGAAAUUCUGUAUAUUACGAAAAGUUAAGUGCAGAUGUCCGAAGAAUGUGGCAAAGUGGAAUUAUUGACAAAAUUUUGAAUGAAGUCCGCUGGGAAAUUCAACGCACUACUAAUGGCAGACCUCCGGUUGUUAAGGAAACACAUAAAGUAACCUCGGCUGAAGAAAAAGGAUUAACUUUAGAAGAUACGCAAGGCAUGUUUCUUCUUUUAGGAGCUGGAUUUCUUAUAGCGGCUGGAGCUCUUAUAAGCGAGUGGAUGGGUGGUUGUUCAAGGAGGUGUAGGUUUAGGCGAAAGAAGGUUGUACACUCCGGUACAAAUUUAAUAAACAAUUUGAAAUAUGAUGCAAAAAUUAUUAACAAUGAAUCUGAUUUAAGCGACAGUAGGUUAGCUUUUACUAGUGCUGGGUCUAGAGAAUCGUUAGAAGGUCAAGUUAUAAACGUUUCUGAAGAGAGUAUUGUCAUUCACAACGAAUAUAAUAUAUUUGAACCAGGUUCAAAAUCAGUCUCAGCUGAUUUUGAUAGAGAGAUAAAAGAAAUUUUUGAAAGAGAUCAUCAGAGGCGAAACAUUACACUUAACAAAGAAACAAUAACAGCCGAUAGAAAGCAGCAGAUGACGAAUUUAACCGGUGCCUUUGGAGGCUUCGCAAAUACCCACGAGCUAUAA